UUUUUUUUUUUUAGAAAGAAAAUUCUUGUUCUUUAUCCUAUGAUUCUCUCCUCCUCCUCCUCUUCUUCUUAUUGUACCCCUUCAUUCUCCUGGUAUCCUCCGCGUACUGGGUGACCUGCGGAGAGAACCCAUCAUGACUGUGACUACUACUACUACUACUACUACUCGUCCCCGCAUAACCGAUGCCACUAAAGUAUGGACGACCCUCAUUACCAAUACCGCAUAUCUCCCGGGUCUGCUCACCCUGGAGUAUUCCCUACGCAGAGUGGGCUCCAAGUAUCCGCUGGUAGUGCUUUACACCGACUCCUUCCCAGACGAGGGCCAUGCUGCACUCGAUGCUCGUGGCAUUUGGAAGCGGCGGGUUCCUUAUCUACUGCCGUCAGUGCCCAAGGCAUAUGUCAAUGACGUGCGCUUCUACGACUGCUGGAGCAAGCUCACCCCCUUCUCGCUCGUCGAGUAUGAGCGAGUGGUGCAACUCGACAGUGACAUGCUGGUUCGCCAGAACAUGGAUGAGCUGAUGGAUCUCGAAUUGGAUCCCCCCGCCUUGGCAGGCACCGGCCCACGCGUCUUCGCGGCCAGCCAUGCAUGUGUCUGCAAUCCGCUCCAAAAGCCUCACUAUCCGCGGGACUGGAUCCCGUCCAACUGUGCCUUCACUACGCAGCACGCAAAUCCCAAAUCCGCCCAGACGGAGGGAGCCCCACCCACUGCCGGUCUGGGGAUGCCCAACGGCGGCCUCCAGGUGGUCAACCCGUCGCAGGCCAUCUAUGAUCAAAUCAUCGCGCAACUAGCCUCCUCGGUCACCUCCGAUUACGAGUUUGCCGAUCAGUCUCUCCUCUCGGACGUGUUCAGUGGCCGCUGGGUGGCCCUUCCGUAUGUGUAUAAUGCGCUGAAGACCCUCCGGUGGGAUGGAGUGCACGACGCCAUCUGGCGGGAUGAUCGGGUCAAGAAUGUGCAUUACAUCCUCAGCCCGAAACCCUGGGACGAGCCGGAGGAGAUCCGAAAAGGCCUGGUGCCGCGUUCCAGUCAAGAUGCCUCGCAUGCCUGGUGGUGGGAGAUUACGGAAGAGCGGCUGCAGGAAGAGCGGAGAACGGGGGUGAACGAUCAAUUUUAGACUCUGGGAAGGUGAGAUCGAAAGGACAGGUCAGAUUAGGAGAGCGAUGCUCUAUGAAUAAAUACCCUUGGAGGCGCCAGUAGCUGAAUGAAUUGUGGUAGCAGAGAGAUCGAUUUCAACCGAUGGAUCUGGUACGUGCGUGGGUGGUUAAUAGUCAAGAAGAUCACUUACUGCUCCGGACCGAAUAGGAAAAGUAUUGGGUCGUGAGCCUGAG